CUCAUUUUCUUCUUUUUUUUUUUUUGAGUCCUAUGCUGUAAAUUUAUUAUGAAUGGCCUAAACAUCGCCAGCCCUCGUCUGCGUGGGUGUGGAUCCCUUCUCGCCAUUGGCUGAAAGUCAACAAGCCGUUCUAAAGGAAGGUCUCUUGUGAUUGGCCGGUGCCCGGGAAGUGGGCGUGUUUUUAUUUGAUCGAAGGUGGAAGUGAGAGAUACUUUGUGGACAAUGUUCAUUGUCGAUAUUUCACCGGAGCUGCUGUACAAGUGCGCAGCGGAGAGCCUCUCUCUCUCUCUCUGGACCGAGUGUUUUCUCAUCUAAAGCUUGCAGAAAACACCGAGAGGAAUUUCUAUUCUUAAAAAAACAAAAACCUUUUUAUAUUAUUAGACUUCUCUGUUUUGUUUUUUAAAAGGAAAACCUUCUGCGUAUAUGAGCGUCCGUGGCAUAUUUUCUUAGUAGUUGUUGUUGCUGACAACGUACUUGCGCUCCUGCAUCUAUGUAGCAUUCAGGAAGACUCAACAAAGAAAGGAAGAGAAAGAAAAAGAAAAAGGUCGAGGUUUUGUUUGAGUUGACUUUCCUUGUGGGAUUAUUCUCCUGAUAUCGACCGGAGAGGACACGGACCGGCUUUUUUUAUUCCGACUCUCGGAGGAGGGCGCGUGAACGAACCACGAACCACGGGCCAGGACUCUCUUCGCCAUCCUUCCCCUCCCCCGGAAAAAACACUUCAUCUCCGGCUCUGCUUCCCCCCCCCCUCCCCCCUUCAUUAAACCACAGGUUAUUGGAUGGACCAGCACCCCAGCGCCCGGAGCUGCACCAGUCGCGGGGCUUCGUCCUGUGAGGCCGUCCCGACGGAGCCCUCCAUGAAUCUGUACAUCCACUCCACCACCGGCACACGCUUCGAGCUCUGUCUGCCCCAGGAGGAGACCGUGGACGGGCUGAAGAGGAGGCUGUCGCAGCGACUCAAAGUGCCGCGCGAGAGACUCGCUCUGCUGCACAAAGAAACGCGACUCAGUUCAGGCAAACUCCAGGACCUCGGCAUCUCCGAUGGGAGCAAGUUAACACUCGUACCGACAGUCGAAGCAGGAUUAAUGUCUCAAGCAUCAAGACCCGAGCAGUCAGUAAUGCAAGCCUUGGAGAGUCUCACGGAAACUCAGGUCAGUGACUUCCUGUCCGGCCGCUCCCCGCUCACCUUGGCGCUGCGCGUCGGCGACCACAUGAUGUUCGUCCAGCUCCAGUUGGCGGCGCAGCAGGCCGGCGGCCCCCAGCUGCAGCACCGGCACCUCGUCACCCGGGGGGGCGGCGCCGAGACGCCGGCGGCGGGGCAGCCCGCCCGGGUCCCGCACCCCCAACAACAACAACAACAACAACAACCCCAUCAUCCACACAGCCACCCCGCCGCCCCCCUGGCCCCGUCCUCCCCGCCGCCCGCCGUGUACCACCAGGCGCCCCCCUCCUCCGCUCACUGUAGCCCCCCGACGCCGCCGCCCCACUCGCCCCCCCACCACCCGUCCAACGCGCCCGGAGGCCUCUUCCGCUCUCCCGCCAGUCACCACCACCACUACCACCAGCCUUCCUCCAGCCAGCCCGGCCACGCCCCCGCCGCCGGCCCCGCCGCCGGCCCCGUCGCACCGGUCCUCUGCCCCCAAGCUAACUGCAGCACCACCAGCACCACCAGCACCACCAGUGGCCCCAGCGGUCCCGGCGGUCCCGGCGGUCCCUCCACACGCUCCCGCAAACCCGGUGCCAUCAUCGAGAGCUUCGUGAACCACGCCCCCGGAGUCUUCUCAGGGACCUUUUCAGGCACUUUGCACCCUAACUGCCAGGACAGCAGCGGGCGCCCCCGCCGCGACAUCGGCACCAUCCUGCAGAUCCUCAACGACCUCCUGAGCGCCACGCGCCACUACCAGGGCAUGCCGCCCUCCCUCACCCAGCUGCGCUACCAGACCCAGUGCGGCUCGCCCGCCUCGCCGGCGCCGUCGCCGCCUCCCUCGCCGCAAGGCGCCGGCGAGGCGGGCCUCUCUGCCAGAGCUACCUCCACCGCCGCCAGCAGCAGCAGCAGCAGCAACAUCCCCGUCGGCCCGCCGCCGACGCUCCACCCGCUGGUGCAGAGCCAGAGCCGCAUGGGCAAGCCCCCCGGUGACCGCGUCCGCCAGACGGAGAACCGGGCGACCCGCUGCAAGGUGGAGCGCCUGCAGGUGCUGAUGCAGCAGAAGCGGCUGCGCCGGAAGGCGCGGCGGGACCAGCGGGCGCCGUACCAGUGGCUGCCCAACCGCAAGGCCGGGCGCAGCAACAGCAGCGCGUCCAGCGAGGGCUCCAUGGACCUGGACUUUGACGACUCGGUGUGGAAGCCCGACGUCAAGACCGACUUGAAGCCCGAGUUCGUCAUGGCCUGAAAAAAGAACCCCCCCCCCCCUCCCCGAAAGCGUCUCGAUUACCGAAAAAAAGAAGAAAAAACGGCGUUCGGGGAUUCACUUAGAGAUUUAUCUGGAGGGAGCGGGACGGAGGAGGAUGAGGAGGAGGAGGAGGAAGAGGAAGGAGAGGAAGUCAACGUGACCCUCCUGGCAGACUUUUUCUUCACACUCCCCUUCGCAGUCGACCGUGUGGGGGAAAAAACCCAAUAUCGACUUUCUUUUGGCGCUUGAAUUUUUUGGGGGAUACGACUGCGUACAAGACUUUCUACAGAGACGAGACCUGAGCUUGAGCAGGGCAGGAGUCAGUGGGGGGGGGGGGGGGGGGUGGUGGUGUUUUUCUUUUUGAAGAUGUUUUUGUUUUGUUUUUUAAGUGCUCUCUGGACAGCAAUGAAGAGAUCCACUCUGGACUUAUUACAGGACGGGAUCACGUGGACGCCAGAACGGUGGAACAAUGGAUUAUUCCAACGGGCAUUGUUAUCGAUCUCAACACUCGCCGACCAGAGUCUGGUUUUUAAAACCUGUUUCGGGGUGGUUACACUCUUUUCUUUUUUUCCUUUUUCAUUUUGAAACUUAUUAUUAUAUUUUAUAAACAAACAAAAAGAUGUAGCAUUGUUCACGAAGCAUUCAGGUUUUCAUAUGACAGUUAAAAAAAAAAAAGUAGUUGUUGAUUUGCACAUUUUCUUGAUUUAUAACAGCUGGUCAGAGUGUGUAAGGGCGAGGGGGAGGGGCCUAAAAUCGGGGAGGAAAAAAAAAACAAUACGGAAAGAAUUGAUAUCAACCUCAGUGACGUAGGGUACGGGAACGAGUAAAACACAAUUAAUUAAUAUGAACAGAAAGUGCUUUAGAGGAUUUAAAAUCUUUAAAUGUAUAUGGUAAAAAAAUCUAUUUUUUAUUUCUCUUCCUAUCCGCUGUUUUCAAAAAACAAACGAACACAUUGAAUCCAUCAUUCACGAGCUCAUGAAUUACACUGUAGUCAGAUCUCAUCCCGCCGCCUCGCGUCCGACGGACCCGGACGGACUCGAGGGGUUUCGUGUACAUACAUGUGACAAUUGGCAAAAAGGUUUAUGAGUGUGUGUGUGUGUGUGUAUGUUUUGAUUUUUUUAGAAAACCCUGUGUUUAUGUCUCGACUCGUCUUCUCACACACAACCCCAGCGUUUCCUAACGGAUGAAAAAACACCCAAUUGGAAGUUCCUUCACCCCCAAGUCCUCCAGAGGAAUGAAAAAAGGGGGCGGGGCUAGAAGAAGAAGCGGGAUCCAGCCUCAUUUAUCGACUAGUGCCUCCACCAGUACAUCCGUUGACAUAUCAGGUUCGGCCUUUCACAGCGUUGCUGCUACACACGGACACUUGGAAAGAAGAGGAAGACGAAGAUGACGACAACAACAAAAAAGUGACACUUUUCUUCGCAUGCAGAAGUGAUAAAUACGCCGAUCUUUUUUUCCUCUCUGUGGAUGGAGGAAACGACAACAAAAAGACGGCGGGCGCCGCGGGGAUGAAGGUCGACAACAUGCAUGAAUUUGUGAAGAAAAUAAACGACGCUGCUUUGCGUUGGUUA